CAAGAUUCAGGCCACAUUGUCUUGAUUAGAAUUCAGUCACCAAGAAGAAGCCCCAGGGCCCAGGAUAUUGGAUAUAACAGAAAGUAGGAGGCAUACCUGACGUCUAGAAAAUGUGGACUGGAUAUAAGAUCUUAAUCUUCUCUUACCUUACCACAGAAAUUUGGAUGGAGAAACAGCGUUUAUCUCAAAGGGAAGUGCAACCAGGAGCUGAUUUCACCAGGAAUCAUGUCAUUUUGGAAGGUACUCGAUUCAAAAGAGCCGUUUUCAAAGGGCAAUACUGUAGACAUUUUGGUUGUUGUGAAGACAGAGAUGAUGGCUGUACCACUCAAUUCUAUGAGGCAAAUGCCCUGUGUUACUGUGAUAAAUUCUGUGAAAGGGAGAAUUCUGAUUGCUGUCCUGAUUACAAGUCAUUUUGCCUUGAAGAGAAAGAAUGGCCUCCUCACACAAAGCCUGGGUAUCCAGAAGGUUGCCUCCGAGAUGGUCAACAUUAUGAAGAAGGAUCUGUAAUUAAAGAAAACUGCAACUCCUGCACAUGCUCAGGCCAGCAAUGGAAAUGUUCCCAGGAUGUGUGCCUUAUUCAACCAGAAUUAAUUGAACGUGUCAAUAAAGGAGACUAUGGAUGGACGGCCCAAAACUACAGCCAGUUCUGGGGAAUGACUCUAGAAGAAGGUUUCAAAUAUCGUCUUGGCACCUUGCCACCGAGCCCCAUGCUUCUGAGUAUGAAUGAAGUGACAGCUUCUCUACCUGCAACACGUGAUCUUCCAGAGUUUUUUGUUGCCUCUUAUAAAUGGCCUGGCUGGACUCACGGCCCCUUGGAUCAAAAAAACUGCGCCGCGUCAUGGGCCUUUUCCACUGCAAGUGUGGCAGCUGACCGAAUAGCAAUUCAGUCUAAGGGGCGAUACACAGACAAUCUAUCGCCUCAGAAUUUGAUCUCUUGCUGUGUCAAAAACCAUCACGGAUGCAACAGUGGAAGCAUCGAUAGGGCUUGGUGGUACCUGAGAAAACGUGGGCUGGUAUCCCAUGCCUGCUAUCCACUUUUCAAGGACCAAAAUGCUACCAAUAGUGGCUGCGCCAUGGCAAGUAGGUCUGACGGCCGGGGAAAACGACAUGCCACAAAACCAUGUCCCAACAUCAUCGAGAAAUCUAACAGGAUCUACCAAUGUUCUCCUCCCUACAGAGUCUCUUCCAACGAAACUGAGAUAAUGAAAGAAAUCAUGCACAGUGGACCAGUUCAAGCUAUAAUGAGAGUCCAUGAGGAUUUCUUCCAUUAUAAGACAGGGAUAUAUAGACAUGUUACCGGCACAAAUGAAGAAUCAGAAAAAUAUCAAAAGCUUCAGACACAUGCAGUCAAACUCACUGGAUGGGGCACGCUGAGAGGAGCCAAGGGACAGAAAGAAAAAUUUUGGAUUGCUGCCAAUUCCUGGGGAAAGUCCUGGGGAGAGAACGGCUAUUUCAGGAUUCUUCGAGGAGUAAAUGAAUCUGACAUUGAAAAGUUGAUUAUUGCAGCUUGGGGCCAACUGACAAGUUCAGAUGAAUCAUAACAUAUCAUUAAAUUUCCAUAGGCCAUGCAUUUAAGUAAUCACUUAAAUUGAAAUUAAGCAAUGUGAGGGUCUCUGUGACAGUGGAAUCUUUUUCUCUUCACCUUGUUAUUAUAAUGUGCCUAUUUUCUUGUUUCACCCCAGGUUCUAUGCCUCUGCUUCCUUAAUAUUUUUCUGAGUCUAUGAAAACACUAUUUAAUAGAGAACAGCAGAGUGGCCAAAUGCCUUUAAAGGUCCCUGGUUAUCUUUAUUUUUCCCUCAUGACAAUGUCCUUUUGACUUUGAUAACUCACAGAUGGUGUCGGUACUUGUCUUCAAGUCCAUGGCACGCAUGUAUAGAAAUGAUGUGGUUUCUCCCUUUGAACAAUGAGGAUUUCAGACAACAAAAGCUAUGUAAACACCAAUUUACCAUCUUUGCAAUUUUUUUCAACCAAAUAAUGCUUUCCUAAUUCAGAGCUUUCUUAUGUUUUGCCAAAAGUAAGGGAAAUUGAUUAUUAACUGUUUCUCUCAAUAAGUUCGCAUUUUAUUUCUUUUUAGUUGCCUGAACUUAGUACAAUCUGAACUCAAAAAGAAAGUAGUUCAUUACAAGACGUCACUAGUCUUUAUGGUACUGCAUC